AUGACUGAGUUAGUUGUUUCUGCCUUUUUUUCAUUGUUCUUUGAUAAGUUGACCUCUGAAGCCUUGAACAAGAUUGCCUGUGACAAGGGAAUCGAGUCUGAGCUCAAGAAACUGAAGAUGUCAUUAGACCAGAUCCAAGCUCUGCUUAAUGAUGCUUCUCAGAAGGAGGCAACUAAUGAAUUUGUUAGAAGAUGGCUGAAUGGUCUCCAACAUUUGGCUUACGACAUAGACGAUGUUCUUGAUGAUCUGGAAACCGAAGAUAUGGAACGUGAGUUGACUGACAACUCUGGAUCCACCAUAAGCAAGGUAAGAGAGCUUAUCCUGACUUGCUGCACUAAUUUCUCACUAAGUUCUAGGAUGCAUGGCAAGUUAGAUGAUAUUGUCACCGAGUUACAAGAACUAGAAAAGGCAAAAACUAAUCUUGGUUUAAGUGUGAUAACAAAUGAAAUGGCAAAAGUUAAAAGACAUGAGGCCAGUUUGGUAGAUGCAAGUGUUAUAGUUGGACGUGAAGGUGAUAAGAACGCAUUUGUUCAAAAGUUGUUAGGGGGUAAAGAUGAAUCGUCUAGUCAAAACUUUAGCAUUGUGCCAAUAGUUGGUAUGGGUGGGGUAGGUAAAACAACUUUAGCUAGGCUUUUGUAUGAUGAAAAGGAAGUAAAGCAUCACUUCCAAGUCAGGGCUUGGGUUUGUGUUUCUCAUGAAUUUGAUAUUUUUAAUAUAAGUAAAGUGAUUUAUCAAUCUGUGACUGGGGAAACCAAGGAAUUCACAGAUUUAAAUAUGCUUCAAGAAGCUGUUAGAGAGAAACUUAAAGACAAACUAUUUCUAAUAGUGCUGGAUGAUGUAUGGUCCGAGAGCUAUGAUGAUUGGGAUAAGUUAGUGGGCUCAUUUCUUAUGGGGGCUCCUGGAAGUAGAGUUAUCAUGACAACUCGGAAGGAGCAGUUGCUUAGAAAAAUGGGUUACACUCAUCUAGAGCACUUGCCGAGUCUGUCACAUGAUGAUGCUAUGUGUUUAUUUUCUCAACAUGCAUUGGGUGUAGAUAACUUUGAUUCACAUCCAACACUUAAACCCCAUGGUGAAGGGUUUGUGAAAAAAUGUGUUGGCUUGCCUUUAGCUUUAAGGGUAUUUGGACGGUUAUUGAGGACGAAAACGGAUGAGGAAGAAUGGAAGGUGUUGUUAAACAGUGAGAUUUGGAGGUUAGGAAAUGGAGAUGAGAUUGUUCCGGCUCUUAGACUAAGCUAUAAUGAUCUUUCUGCCUCUUUGAAGCUGUUGUUUGCAUAUUGCUCCUUGUUCCCCAAGGACUACAUGUUCGGCAAAGAGGAGUUGAUUCUGUUGUGGAUGGCAGAAGGGUUUUUGCACCAACCAACUAAAAGCAAGUCCAUGAAAAGCUUGGGUCACGAAUAUUUUGAAGAGCUGUUGUCGAGGUCCUUUUUUCAACAUUCUUCUGAUGACGAAUCAUUGUUUAUGAUGCAUGACCUCAUGAAUGACUUGGCCAUGUCUGUCGCUGGAGAUUUUUUUUUAAGGUUAGAUAUUGGGAUGAAGGAGUACAGUAGGAUGGAUGCUUUGCCAAAGCUCCGCCAUAUGUCAUUUGUUUCUGAGCAUUUCAUGGUUCACGAAAGGUUCAAGCCACUCAAAGGAGUUAAAAAUUUGAGAACAGUUUUAGCAUUGUCUUUAGGGGUGGUAAAAAGUUGGGAGCAGAUUUUCAUAUCGAAUAAGAUCAUAAAUGACUUACUUCAGGAGUUACCAUUGUUAAGGGUCCUAAGUUUGAGCGAUCUUAGCAUAAGCGAGGUGCCAGAAGUCAUUGGAAGUAUGAAGCAUUUGCGGUAUCUUAAUCUAUCCCGGACUGAAAUCCAGAAUUUACCAGAAAAUGUUUGCAAUCUUUAUAAUUUACAGACGUUGAUUGUUUAUGGCUGUAAGUAUUUAUUUAAGUUGCCCGAGAACUUCUCAAAGCUUAAAAAUUUGCAGCAUUUUGACAUAAGGGAUACUCCGCUAUUUAAGAAGAUGCCCUUAGGGAUUGGUGACUUGAAAAGGUUACAGACUCUCUCCAAGAUCAUUAUUGGAGGUGAAUCCGGCUUCUCAUUAACCAAGCUUAAGAACCUGCAAAAUCUUCAUGGUAAAGUUUUUAUAGAGGGACUGGGAAAUGUGGAAAAUGCAAUGGACGCACGUGAGGCGAACUUCUCGCAGAAAAGGCUUACUGAGUUAGUGUUGGAUUGGGGUGAUGAGUUUAAUGCUUUUGGAACGGAAACUCAUGAAAUGGGGAUCCUCAAUGAGCUGAAGCCUCAUAAUGGCACUCUAGAAAAACUUGGAAUCAAGUCAUAUAGAGGUAUGGAGUUUCCAAAUUGGGUUGGGGAUCCCUCCUUUUGUCGAUUGACUAGAGUGUCGAUAGAUGGCUGUGAAGAAUGUGCAUAUCUACCAAGACUUGGGCAACUACCAUCACUGAAGGAGCUAUUUAUUGGUGAGAUGAGUAAGGUGAAGGUUGUAGGUUUGGAGUUACUUGGGAUCGACCAUGCAUUUCCUUCACUUGAAAUCCUAUGUUUUAAAAGUAUGUCAGGGUGGGAGGAAUGGUCAACAAAUAGUGGGGCGUUUCCUUGCCUUCAAGAGCUUCAUAUUGAAGAUUGUCCUAAUCUGGUUCAAGUCUCACUUGAAGCACUGCCUUCAUUAAGGGUUUUAAAGGUAAUAAAAUGUGGUCAUGGUUUAUUGAAAAGUCUGGUUGUUGUGGCUUCAUCAGUUACUGUGUUGGAAAUAGACGAUAUUUGGGGGCUUACUGAUAAAUUGUGGAGAGGUGUGAUAGGGUAUCUUGGGGCAGUUGAAGAAGUAAGCAUCAGUGGGUGUGAUGAAAUAAGAUACUUGUGGGAAUCAGAAGCAGAGGCAAGUAAGGUUCUUAUGAAUUUAAAGAAGUUGAAUUUAGGAGAAUGUGAAAAUUUGGUGAGUUUAGGGGAGAAAGAGGAGGAUGAUAGUGGGAGCAGCCUAACAUCUUUUAGGAGGUUGAGAGUAUGGGAUUGUAACAGCUUGGAGCAUUGCAAUUGUCCAGAUAGUCUUGAGUCAUUGAUGAUUCAUGGUUGUUAUUCAAUUACAUCCGUCUCCUUCCCAACAGAAGGAGGGCAGAAGCUCAAGUCACUUUCCAUCACCGAUUGCAAGAAACUAUCCGAAGAAGAGUUGGGAGGAAGAGAGAAGACAAGAAUGCUUAUAAACUCAAACAUGCAGAUGCUUGGCUCUGUAAUUAUACAUAAUUGGCCAAAUCUGAAAUCGAUCAAUGAAUUGAGUUGCUUCAUUCACCUCACCUGGUUGACAUUAUCAGAGUGUCCAAGUAUGGAUUCAUUUCCUGACCAUGAGUUGCCGAAUCUCACCUCUUUAACACAUCUGACAAUUCAAAAGUGUAAAAGUAUGGACGCAUCCUUUCCUUGUGGGAUUUGGCCACCGAAAUUGAGUUAUCUUGGAAUAGGAGGUUUGAAGAAGCCCAUCUCAGAGUGGGGCCCACAGAAUUUCCCAACCUCACUUGUUAGCCUAAGAUUAUAUGGUGGACCAUAUGAUGAUGUGAAAAACUUUGAUCAAUUGUCAUAUCUUUUUCCUUCAACUCUUACAUAUCUCGAAAUAAAUGGAUUUCAGAAACUGAAAUCUGUUUCAAUGGGACUCCAACACCUCACAUGCCUCCAACGUCUCUACAUCUUCAACUGCCCAAAGAUGAUAGAUCUACCAGAAAGAUUGCUGCCUUCACUUCUUGUAUUGUGGAUUGAAGGGUGCCCAAAUUUGAAAGAAAGGAUCAGUAGAGGAGGCUCCUAUUGGCCCCACAUCUCCCUUAUCCCCUGCUUUGAGAUAGACUCUGUAAUAACAAGUUCAACUUGA